CGGCGCAGGAAAUCAAGCUAGCUGGUACUGUUUUGCUCCUGCAUAACCGACCUUGCAUUUUCAAUUGCUUCGAUCCGAGGCUGGAACCCUCCACACUUAGCGCAUUCCAACGACUUUUUACAAGGAAAACGCGAUGAUUCAAAUCGUCAAUUGACACAAUUAAGAGCUUCAUGCCCAAAUUACAAGCAGUAUUGUCUGCUCAUCUGUCCGGUUAAAACGAGACAAGGCGUGGAAACAACAUAUAUUUUUCGAAACAAAGUUGCUACUCAGCACCAGUCAGACUUAACAUAAUGGGCUUUGCAUCAGGAUUUACGGGCGGGGUGACGCUCACAUUGGGAAUCGCCUAUUUGGCCGUGCAAGCUCACCAGCGGAACCGCCAAACACAAGGCGAACUUCUGCGCGCCCAAACCCACCUACUAAAUGCGACGACCGCACCUUCCGACGCGCGCCUACCAGAGAUCCUCCCCCCACCGUCCAGGACGGAGCGGGCAGUCCUCCCACGGACAGAUUUUAUCGAAACCGCCAAGGAUCGGUGGAACCACGAGGUCUUGAGGCUCGCGCAUCUUGUGCAGAGCCGCGACGCAGCCGAAGCCGUCGAGGAAGUGGAGGACGCCGUCGUACGCGGCCUUGCCAAGGCAGGUGCUGCGGCAGGCACCGCUGCAGGCGCUGUGGUCGACAACGGCGUCCCUAUCGCGGCUGAGUCGACCAAGGGCGCCGUGACGUCGUUGGUCGGCAAGGCCAAGGCCGCCGUCGGUCGGGCGCAGGACAAGCUCUCCGGUGCGGCCACGAGGGGCUCCGAGGUCAUCGCGUCCGAGGCCCCCCUUUCUACCGUGGAGCGUGCGUUGCAGCAGCGUUUCGAGAGCCGGGAGAGCAUCUUGGAAAAGAGCGUUGAAGAGGCUCUCAAUGAGAGAUAUAAGCCCGUUGAGGAGCAGAACCAUGCCGUUCUGCGCGCGUUAUAGGCAUUGAAAUUGUGGGUAACGAUUAUUGUAGGGAGAGGAUGCGCAUGCUUUCUCUGAUAGAUGAUAGAAUCAUGGCGAGAAGUCAUAUCUAGACUAAUUCUGUUUGACAUUGGACCCGUUCCGUUGGAUGCCAUAACGAGGACUACAAGACAACCCAUAUUUGUUGAAUACUUACUAGGGCUUUCACAGUCGCAAAUCUUAUGCUUUGUUCGUCAAGGCGAGGCAAUUUUCCACCUAGGGUAGUUUAUAUAUAUCGACAGUAAUUCUUCCA